ACCCACUUCCUCAUUUCAUUUAAAAUCACAUUUUUUUUCACUUGAAUCAAUUUCUCAUGGAGAGUAAGCCAUCAUCUGUGUCUCAGAUACAACCUCCCACCUUUGGGAAUCUAAUUACUGUCCUUAGCAUUGAUGGAGGAGGAAUAAGAGGGAUUAUUCCGGCCACCAUUCUCGAGUUCCUGGAGUCUCAGCUUCAGGAACUUGAUGGUGAAGAGGCAAGACUUGCAGACUACUUUGACGUAAUUGCAGGGACUAGUACAGGAGGACUUGUGACAGCCAUGUUAACAGCUCCAGAUGAGAACAAUCGUCCUUUGUUUGCUGCAAAAGAUAUCAAGCCCUUUUACCUUGAGAACUGCCCUAAUAUUUUCCCACAAGAAAGGGGCCCUUUUUGCUCUAUUGCAAAGCUGUUCAAAUUGGUGACAGGACCCAGAUAUGAUGGGAAGUAUCUUCAUAAACUCGUAAAGGAGAAGUUGGGAACGACGAAGUUGAGUGAAACCCUAACCUCUAUUGUCAUUCCCACCUUUGAUAUCAGGCAACUCCAGCCCACCAUCUUUUCUAGCUAUGAGAUUAGCAGAGACCCAACAAUGAAUGUUCAACUUUCAGAUAUAUGUAUUGGCACCUCUGCAGCCCCAACAUACCUUCCAACCUAUUACUUCAAGAACGAAGAUAAGGAAGGGAAUGUGAGAGAAUUCAACCUCACUGAUGGUGGUGUAGCAGCGAAUAAUCCGACCUUGGUUGCAAUUGGAGAAGUCACCAAGCAGGUUUGCAGGAAAAAUCAAGAUUUCUUCCCUAUUAAGCCUAUGGAUUAUGGUCGAUUUCUAGUCAUCUCUAUAGGAACAGGAGCAGCAAAGAUAGAACAAAAAUACACUGCUAAUAAGGCAGCCAAGUGGGGAGCUAUCAAUUGGAUACAUAAUGAUGAUGGCUCAACUCCAUUAAUAUCUGUGUUUAGCCAAGCAAGUGCAGAUAUGGUUGAUCUCAAUCUUGGUGCAGUCUUUCAAGCAUUGCACUCCGAAGAUAAUUACCUUCGAAUUCAGGAUGAUACAUUGACUGGCACUCUAUCUUCAGUUGAUAUCUCUACCAAAGAAAACUUGAGCAAUCUUGUGAAGGUUGGGGAAGAGUUACUGAAGAAACCACUUUCAAGGGUGAAUCUAGAGACUGGCCUCACUGAACCUGUUAAAACUGGUGGAACCAAUGCAGAGGCUCUUAAGAAGUUUGCAGAAUUGCUUUCAAAAGAAAGGAAACUUCGUCAGGAAAGAUCACCCAAUAACAAAGUGGGAAACUAUUAAUGGGACACAAUUUGUUUAGGAUAUCAUUGCCAGAAACUACUAAGCUCUGUGGCUAGAUGUGAAUCCUUAGCUAUGGCUUGGAUUGUUAUUGCAUUUGUUCUUCAUUGUUUUGCAUUUUAUUUUUGAUAUUUU